CCGGUUUCACUUCAUAGACAAACCUCAUGCAAGGCCUCCAACGUUAAGAUGACAUAGGAAUCUCCGCGGCUUCUGUCUCUAUGUGAAGCCAUCACAAGAACGUCGCUCUAUGGAUGGAAGAGCCCGACGGGCCGAAAACCACCAACAAGAUCGCAAGGAUUGUCCGCUUUGUGGAGUGCCACAGCGGCUUGAUGGGUGUUUCUGACCCACAAGCAAGCAGUGCCAGCCUCUCGAUGACCGGACUCCUCCCAUCGAGGCUUUUUGCUGCAGCUCUCAACAUAUGGGCCGGAAGUUCGGUACAGCCACUGUCCAUCUAUAAAGGAACCUGCCUCCCUCUCCUCAAUUCAUCAUCCACUCACUCUUCAGACCACUUCAUCCACUCUACAACCGCCAAACCCCAACCGCCAACCUUCAAAAUGCAGUUCACUCAGAUCCUCCUCCUCGCCAUUGCGCCUUUCAUGGUCGCCGCCACUCCAGUUGACGCUGACGGUGUCACUUCCGUCAACAGCUUCCCCCUCGAGGCCCGUGGUGGCAAGGACUUCUGCGGAAGUGAUCUGCGCUCUGCUGGCGCUGCUUGCACCUUCGGUGGUGGCGAGAACGACCCCCACGCCUGCGGUGUCAAGGACCGCCAGGUAGUCCUCUACUGCAAGGGCGGUGUCUGGACCAUUGACCACCGCUGCGCAGCUGGACAGAUCUGCAGGUGCAACAAGGGUACCCCCAAGCGUGGUGACCUCGUCUGCAAGUCUGGUUAAAUUAUUGGUUGGUUUUGGGUCAGAAGUGUUAAAGAGCGGAUUUGGGGGAUUGUAAGGUCGGGCGGUGGAGAAGUCUCUCAUUCAAGGUUACAUACCACCGAGUUGCUUAACAACGACCUGAUACAAUGAAGUCGUCUGAGAACUCAUCAAACUCAUCUUGAUCUUAGAAA